GAAGGGGCUAUCCCUACGAGAAAAUGUUCUCCCGCCCUCCCGCUUCUUGAAUCCUCAUCCCAUCAGCAAAAGCGAAGCCCCCCAAUUAUAGAGAGAGAGACAGAGACAGAGAGUCAAAAGCGGGAGUGAAGAGGAAUGUAGUGAGGCUGCCUCUCUGGAAAUGGACACACCAGAGAGGAACCAGAUCGGAACCCCCAUCUCCAAAUUUGAGGAUUCACCCGUCUUCAACUUUAUCAAUAGUCUUUCUCCUAUAAAGCCUGUUAAGUCUGUUCAUAGUAUUCAGACUAUCAAUUCACUCAGUUUUUCAUCUCCUCCAUCCGUGUUUACAUCACCCCAUGUCAGCUGUCACCGGGAAUCUAGAUUUCUCAGGAGGCAUAACGUUAUAGAUGCAUCAAAGCACAAGGUUUUGUCUGAAGAUGGGAAAAAAAUAUGUUCAAGUGAAGAAGCUCUUGCAGAUUCUACUCAUACAUAUCAUAAUUCAAGUGAGCUACAAGGAAAUGCUGAUCAAGGGAUUUCCCUGGAAGAUUCAACAAUUGAGCCAUCUAAUGAGCACUCAGACUUUCCAAUUGAGCUACCACAAACCUUAAAAUAUGAUUGUGGUAGCCCGGCAUGUGAUCCUCCACCUGGUGGUGAUGAGACAAAUUCUCUUCUGGAUUUGUCAAGUAAGGCAGCAUCAGAUGUUGCGUAUGUUGAUGAAGCCUGUAAAAAAAGUUCACCCGAGUCUGAAGUGCUACUUCCAGGAAUAUGUCAAGCUGAGCCAAGAAUUGGAGGCCCAGAGUGUGACUGGGAUGGUUUACUUUCAGAUGCUACUGAUCUAUUAAUUUUCAACUCUCCUAACGAAAGAGAAGCUUUAAAGGGUUUAAUGCAAAAAUCAUUUGACCCCACAGGACGGUUUAGCAAUUUUAUGUCUCAGUUGCCACAAACUACCUUAAGUCAUGGUGAGAGAAUGCGAAUUUUUGAUCCAGCUACUUCUGGUUCAGAACAUGAAACUGAAGAUCAUCCUUCUCAGCCAGAAGAAGUCAUCGACAAUGAUCAGGCACAGGACAAUCUUGCUAACGCUGCUGGGAUGGGUGGUAAUCCUGAUAAUACGUUGGAUAAUCAGCUUGUUUCAAUAACACGCCAUGGCAUACGAAGGCGUUGUCUAGAUUUUGAGAUGGUUGGGGGAAGAAGGAAGAACUCCAAUGAUGGUUCAAAUAACAGUAGUUCUAGCACAUUACAAUCUGAUGAGAGAAAUGUUGCUAAUGAUAAGCAGCUUCUUCCUGCAAAACGCAACGGUAAUUCACAGAAGUGCAUUUUGCCUGGAAUUGGCUUACACCUGAAUGCUCUUGCGAGUAUAAAAGAUUUCAAAAGCUUAAAAGUUGAAAAUACAUCUUCUGGAAGACAACUCAGCCUGCCAAGCCCUGCCUUGCAACAAUCCUCUAGCCAAGAACAUAGUCUAGCAUUGGUGCCUUUAUCAACCGAAGGAGAUUCAGAUCUGCCAGACAAUGGGAUUCAGCCUGCUGAAGAUUGUUCCCAGCCCUCAGGAUAUGCCAUUGAUGAAGAUUUCAACCAGAAUAGCCCCAAAAAGAAAAGGCGUAAGUUGGAGCCAGCUGGGGAUGGUGAAUCUUGUAAGCGUUGUAAUUGCAAGAAAUCCAAGUGUUUGAAGCUCUACUGUGAGUGCUUUGCUGCUGGUGUCUACUGCAUAGAACCUUGCUCUUGCCAGGAUUGCUUCAACAAGCCUAUUCAUGAGGAUACUGUUCUUGCAACUCGCAAGCAGAUUGAGUCUCGUAAUCCUCUAGCCUUUGCUCCUAAAGUCAUUCGAAGCUCUGAUUCUGUACCUGAAAUUGGGGAUGAUCCCAACAAAACUCCAGCUUCUGCACGGCACAAAAGAGGAUGUAACUGCAAGAAAUCAAGCUGCUUAAAGAAAUACUGUGAAUGCUAUCAGGGCGGUGUGGGUUGCUCCAUUAGCUGUAGAUGUGAGGGAUGCAAGAAUGCGUAUGGUAGAAAGGAUGGUUCCAUUCCUAUUGGAGUAGAGGCUGAGCCAGAAGAAGAAACAGAACCAUCUGAGAAGGCUGUGACUGAAAAAUCCUUACAAAAAUCCGAGAUCCAGAACAACGAAGAGCAUCUGGAGUCCACACUUCCCACAACACCAUUACGAAUGUGCAGACCAUUGCUUCCUCUAUCCUUUUCAUCAAAGGGAAAACCACCACGAUCCUCUUUCAUCACUACCAUACCAGCUUCUGGAUUGUACGCCAGCCAGAAACUUGGGAAACCCAGCAUCCUUCGGUCUCAACCCAAGUUUGAAAAGCAGUUUAAACCCGUUUCCAAUGACGAAAUGCCGGAGGUUCUCCGGGGUGACGGGUCUCCUAGCAUCAAGACAUCAUCUCCUAAUGGCAAGAGGAUCUCCUCUCCUAACUGUGACUUUGGGUCAUCUCCCAGUCGCAGAAGUGGCAGGAAGUUGAUAUUACAAUCCAUCCCAUCAUUUCCUUCUCUCACUGCUCCUCACCUUUAGAAUGGGAAUCGUUUUGCUUCUUAGUUAGCAACCCCUUUUCUUUUUCGCCUGUUUCUUUUCAAUUUCUCUGUAUUAGAAACUUUGCGUAGCUGUGUGCAUAAUGAGCUUGCUUUUAUGUUGGAGAUGUUUUCAUAAUCUACAACUUAAGUUGUAAUGUAUAAUAUGUUGGGAGUAUUUAGAUAUAAUCAUCGCUUUGAUAUUUUCUAAUGCA